GCCAACGGCGGGAGCCAGGCGCGGUGGCCGCGGCGCGGGAGGACGUGGGGCCGAGGGAGCACCUGGCCACGGGGGCCGCCGCCGCGAUGCCCGGGCCCGCGGGCCUCCCCGCAGCCCCCCGCCCCCGCGACCCCCGGCGGGAGCGGCGAGCCGGAGCCCCGGGCGCCCGCACGCAGGGCGUUGCAGGCCCCUGGACGCCAUGAGCGAGCAGUGGCGGCCCCCCGGUAGCGCGGUGGGCUGGCUGGCCUGCGGCGGCCUGUCCCUGCUGGCCAACGCCUGGGGCAUCCUGAGCGUGGGCGCCCGGCAGAAGCGGUGGAAGGCGCUGGAGUUCCUGCUGUGCGCCCUGGCCGCCGCGCACAUGCUCAACGUGGCCGGGCCCAUCGCCACCUACGCCGUCAUGCAGCUGCGCCACCGCCGGCCUGAGGACGCGUGGAACGAGGGGCUCUGCAAGGUCUUCGUGUCCGCCUUCUACACCCUCUCCCUGGCCACCUGCUUCUCCGUCACCUCCAUCUCCUACCACCGCAUGUGGAUGGUCCGCUGGCCCGUCAGCUACCGGCUGAGCAACGCCAAGAAGCAGGCCGUGCACACGGUCAUGGGCAUCUGGAUGGUGUCCUUCGUCCUGUCGGCCCUGCCCGCCGUCGGCUGGCACGACACCACCCGGCGCUUCUACGCCCACGGCUGCCACUUCCUGGUGGCGGAGAUCGGCCUGGGCUUCAGCGUCUGCUUCCUGCUGGUGGUGGGCGGCAGCGUGGCCGUGGGCGUGGCGUGCACGGCCAUCGCCCUGUUCCAGACGCUGGCGGGCCGGGUGGGGCGCCGGGCCCCCCGCCGCGCCUUCACCGUGCCCGCCAUCGUGGUGGAGGACGCGCAGGGCAAGCGCCGCUCCUCCAUGGAUGGCUCCGAGCCUGCCAGGACCUCGAUGCAGGUCACGGGCCUGGUGGCCGCCAUCGUCACCGCCUACGACUGCUUCAUGGGCCUGCCCGUGCUGGCGGUGACUCUCCGCAGCCUGCGGGCGGACGCCGCGGCACCGUGGAUGGCGCUGUGCGUGCUGUGGUGCUCCGUGACCCAGGCGCUGCUGCUGCCCGUGUCGCUCUGGGCCUGUGACCGGUACCGCGCCGACCUCAGGGCCGUCUGGGAGCAGUGUGCCGCCCUCAUGGCCAGCGACGAGGGCUCAGACGAUGACGCCAGCCUGGACGGUGGGGUCCCUCCGGAACUGCUGUCGGGGCGCUCCCUGAGCUCCAGCUACGGGGACCUGGUGAGCCUGGACCCGAGGGCCAAGUAUGAGCUCUCGGCCCUGGACGGGGCGCUGUCCCCGCUCUUCCCGCUGCGCGCCCUGCAGGAGGAGCGGAUGCAGUACCUGCAGGUGCCGGCCACGCGGCGCUUCUCCCACGACGACACGGACAUGUGGGCCGCCGUCUCGCUGCCCGCCUUCCCGCCGCGCUGGGGCUCGGCCGAGGAGCCGGCCGGGCUGGCGCUGCCCGCGGGCCCGGGGCGGCGCGGCGGGGGCCCGCGGGGCCCGGCGGGGGACGCGCCCCCGUUCCGCGCGCGCCGCCGCUCGGCCGAGAGCCUGCUGCUGUCCCCGCGCGCGCCGGCCAGGGACGGCGCGGGCCGCCGCCUCGGGCCCGGCGCGCGCUCCGCCUCGGCCUCGCGGCUGCCCGACGCCUCGGCGCUGACCCCCUUCGCGCUGACCACCUUCGAGCGCGAGCCGCGGGCGCUGCGCCGCCCGCCCGCCGCGCCCCGGCCCUUCCCCGCGCGCGCCGCCCACGGCGAGGACGCGGCGCCCCCUGGCGGCGGCGGCGCGCGGCGCAGCCCCGGGCCGCCCCGCCCCGCGCCCGCCGCGCCCCUGCGGACCUGCCUGAGCGCGUCGUGGGCCGAGCCCGGGGCGCUGCGGGCGGCGGGCCUGGGCGCCGACGGCAGCACCAGCAGCUUCCUCAGCUCGCCCUCCGAGUCCUCGGGGUAUGUCACGCUGCACUCGGAGUCGCUGGGCUCCGCGUCCUAGGGGCUGCCCUGGAGCACCUCUGGGCCCCCUGGCUCAGCCAAGUGGGGCCGGGUGGGAGGGGUGCCAGGGGCAGGGCCACCUUCCCCAGGGUCUCAGACUGGCCCUGGAGGAGUGGGAGCACCGGGCUACAUCCAGUUACCCCCCUCUGCACGCUAUUGCACUCCAGAGCCACGGGUGCGGCGUUCUGCCUCAGUUUCCCCGUCGCCCAUGAGCAGAUGACCAGUGUUAACUCAGGGUCAUGGGCGGAAGUCACCGAUCCGUGUGCCACUGAGUGGGAAGUAUGCUGCGUCCCAGGCCCUCAGUGGGACCUUUGGGUCACCAGUCUGGCCCGCUGUGCACCCACUCACAAGGCCCCACUGGGUGUCCCUCUGCCCCGUGGGCACCCAUCCCCCAUCCCAGAUAAAGCACAAAUACAGCAGAGCCCUGCACACACAGGCAGCUCCCCUUGCUUCCGGCCCCUGCACUGGCCUUGAGCAGGACCCGGCCAUCCUGGACCAGGCGGGAAGGGCGGGCAGCAGGGCUGGUGGGCGGCCCCUCCCCGGCCUAAUUCCUGGAACAGGCUUCAGGUUUCCGCCUCUGGUUUUCAGUCCCUGGUACUACCCCCCCCCCCAGGGUGGAGGGAGGGCUUCCCUGGCCCCCUCUUUGCAGGGCUGGGCAGGGACUAGCUCACUGUCACCGGGAGUGGGAGGGACAGUCACCAUAAGGGCUGAAGCUCUGGUCCCUCCUCGUCCCGCUCAAAGGGGCACAGCCACUGCCGGCUCCACCCAUGGAGCCCGAGACAGGGAGCGGCCGGGCACUGCCCAGCCUGCUCUCACCUGCACGGCCCGUCCAGUGGCUCUCUGGGGGGUAACAGGACCAAGACCAGGGACUGCUGUCCAGCCCUGGCCCUGCUGCCGUGCCUUCUCGGACACAUGAGCCGUCAGCGCGGCCGCCAGCCGGGUCACCUCCAUCAGGCCGGCCCACCCGUCACUCUGGGUUUUCACUCUGCAUUUCUUAUCCAGUGGCAAUAUUUACAGGCCUCCCGAGCCCCCCACCCCAGCCCUGGUUUUUACAGAAUAAAGAGAAAGGGCCACUUCCUCCCCCAACUACCACGACCAUGUUUUAAACAACUGAGCAUUUUUCUUCUGUACAGAGUCCAAUAAAACCUAAUGAUUUGCACCCGGCA